AUGAAUCUGACAGACCAAGAAAUUGAUUCCUUAUUUAAACCUAAGGCAGUUCAAAAAGACGUCGUCUGGGAACCCGACUAUUAUAUUGAGCUCCAUGGGAUCAAAUUUAGAGAUAUAGCUACAAUGCCCAGCUAUAGAAAGCAAGACUCAUUGAUCACUAAGAUCAGUCCUCUUCAGUCACCAGCUACUAAAUCGGACUCUGAUGGCGACACUUUACCCAUUCCGAAAGGGGAUUCUCCAUAUGCACUCGCUAAAAGAGUUGAGUAUGUUGACAAAGACCUCAAUAAAGCUAAAGAGCUCUAUCAGAAAGCAAUUGAUACGGGCCAUAGAACAGAAAGUGCAAUCAAAGACCUAGCAAGCAUCCUACACCAAGAAAAAAGAACUAAAGAAGCGUGCGAAUUACUAAUGAAAUACUCCCAUGUGUUCACAGACCAAGCAAAAUUCAAGAAUUUGUAUGAAAAUCUCAAUCGGCAAAUAAUUCCGAGUGGGAACUGUUUGAAUCAAUCAUUGAGACUUUCACCUUUAAACAGCCAUGAUAACGAAGCAACAGUAAAAAAAUUGUUUAAAAACCCUAGACGGAUACUUAGUAUUAAAAUAAAAACGGACCAUUCCAAGGUUAAAUUCGCAAUUAUUGACUUUGCUAGCCAUUCCGCUGCCAGAAAGACGCUUGAAAGCUUCCAUAGGUGGGAAAGAUAUAGAAUUGAUUGGCUAUCUGUGACUGGAGAAAUUGCAGCUCCGGUUAUCCAUCCUUACCAUAAGCGCCCUGACACAGGCAUUAAUAAUAAAAAGUCUGCAGAAAAUACGCCUCUAGCCAGCCCCUUAGAAAGAGCAAGGAAAGAUAAAGAUCAUACCUUUGCUGAGCAACUUUUGGGGAAAGACUUAUUUUCUGUGCUAUAA